CUGGCCGGUUCGUCUGCGGUUCCAAGGCAGCGAGAGGAGUGGGGAGCUCGUGGUAUUGUUGAAUCUCCGAAAAAUGUUCAUUUUGGAUCCCCGUCUCUGCUUACAUACCACGCGCACUCCCUCCCUUAUUUCCUUAUAUGUCUCAUUCUCUUACGCUUUUCAUUAGUCUUCUCAAUUGAAGUUUCGUUUCAAGUUUGCCUGAACACUACCCAGACAUGUGCAAACGGAAAGGCCAACGGAACACAUACGCCUAAUUCCAAAUGUGACAGACCACAGGUCGGCUGCAAACUACCCACAUCGGAUGUGGCGGCGGCGAUAUCACACAGGCACAGUCCGGCGAGCUAAAACGAACGGCGGGAGGGGAAAGGGAAAACGGUACGGUCACUUGUAGGAACCUAAAGCAAAAUAUUAAUGUAAGCCUACCGUCUUCAGAGAGCAGGUUCAUUGGGCGUCUGCGGUUCAUACAUGUACCGUAGGUUUAUAGGGGUGUGAACGUUUCCACAUACCCUCAUGCGCAACUCCACGGAACUCAACUUUUCUAACCUCAAACUUUCUGUAAGGCUAAGCACAAAUUUGACAGACACAGACAUGACUGAAAGACAACAUUCCAAUUUAGUUAUAUCUAUAUAUCAGUAACGUUCAAUCCUUUCUUACGCAUUGAUUAUCUCGAACUAGCGCUGCAAAUGACUGAUAUUAGGUGACACCGCAUCCUCUAACUUUUCUCCACCUGAAUCUCACCCUGAAGCCUGAACAAACGUGCACGGAAAACAACUGCUGCAUUUACAAGUCAAGAGAAGGAAAGAGAAUGAAAGGAUAAGACAAUAUCAAAAGUCUAACCUAAAAAAAAAGCAACUCAAAACUCAAACAGGAUGGAGAACGCCUAGUCUACCAGCACGUUAAUUCCCCUCACCUUUUCAUCCUCGUCAUUAACAUCAUCCGGAGUAGGACGGGACUCGGGACAUUGUGUAGUCUAUAAAUCCGCGUUCACUUUUUGGCUACAGUGACAUCACUAAACCCAUUCCUCUCCGCCAGCAUCCUUCCUGAUCAAUGUGCCCGGCGUGUGCUGCUGAUGCCCGCACGGAUUGUUGCUCUUCCCCGAUCCAUCCUACAACGAGCGGAUCUGUGGAGGGAUCCCCGGUCAAAGUGCCUGACUUUCCCUGGCCUGGAUAGCGGCUUGGUCACGGCAGCUACGCUCAAGCAAUGACUUAUAUCCUCUCAACUCUGGUCCUGUUAUCUGUCCAGGCAUUGUGGGUGGGUUGCAGUCCCCUGGAGGUGUUAGCGGUGGACAACGUUAACUUCGGGGUCCACGUGGAGAAUGAGACCCGGGUGCGAGACACGAUGAGUCGGCGUCACCACAGAGUGUACCAGCUGUACAGCAGGACCAGUGGGAAACACAUCCAGGUCCUGGGGAGGAAGAUCAGUGCCGAGGGAGAGGACGGGGACAAAUAUGCCCAGCUAGUUAUGGAGGCAGACACCUUUGGUAGCCAGGUGAGAAUCCGUGGAAGAGAGACAGACUUCUACCUCUGCAUGAACCGUCGAGGCAAGCUCGUUGGAAAGAGGGUGAGCAAUCGCAGUGCGGACUGCGUCUUCAUAGAGAUGGUGUUGGAGAACCACUACACGGCCCUCAUGUCUGCUCGCUACCCCGGCUGGUACGUGGGCUUCACCAAGAGAGGCCGGCCCCAGCGCGGGUCACAGACACUCCCCAACCAGCAGGACGUGCACUUCCUGAAACGUCUCCCCGUGGGGGAACAGCCAGACCUGCAGCCGUUCCGCUUCACCACGGUCAGCAAGAGGAAGAGGGUGAGAGGGAUCAGACCCACCCCGACGCCCGGCCCCACAGAGACCCUGGCUCCCUCGUAGCAGCUAAGACCUGGAGCUGAAACACCCAAACUGACACCCAUCUCCAUGGAGACCCUGGCUUUCUUGUAGCAGGGCUGAAAAACCCAAACUGACACCAAGAUCCUCUGAAAUUCUGUCUCCCUCAUAGCAGUGGGCUCUGAGCCCUACAGCUAACCAAUUCAGAACUCAGAACACCCUCUUGCAGGACAGAAACUAGUGAACACGUUGAUAGACACCAAGACUGACUACGGUGGUGUACAAUUCAAGACGGCUAAAUGCAAUGUUAUACACUUUCAAGAAACUGAUAUUGAUCUACGCACUCUAGAUCCUUCAAUAUUCAAGACAACCGAACAUUAUAGGGUUCGUUCAACGAUGAAUACUCCAAUCACAGACAUCCGAUCUACAUUUCACGCUCUCAAAAACCUCUAAACCCUUCCGAAGACACGAACAAUGUUUGGUACAGAAAUCCAGACAAGAGAACUUGUUCUUUUCAGUCUUUACACUUUGUGUGGCAACUUUUUACUAACAAGUCCACAUUUUCUUGCCCCCGACUUUUCACUCCACAUGUAAGGCUGUCGUACAAACUAGAACAGUAUCUGUAAUAUUUCUUAGCUUCAAUUACUGACCCAGACGAUCUUAAGUUGCUUAUGGUAUUAAAAGUUAUUUAUUUUGCUUGUUGGUUUAACCCAGUUGUUUCUAUAAGGAGGCUGUGUGCUUUCGAACAGCAAAAACAAAAAAAGCAUAUUUACAAUUUUCUACAUUGUGCUGAAAAACCUUUCUCCUCUCCCAUAUAAUAGGAUAGGUUAUGUAAAUCACCAAAGGCUUCCUCUGGAGAGCAAAUGCCCUCUGGUGGUCACUGAACAUAAAUGUAACAUUUAACUCGUGCAAAGAAAAACUACAACUUGACUAUUGCUCUUCAUGAACAUAGUCAGCCACGAAAGCGUGGAGAACAGCAUCUGCUAAAUGACUACGGAGAAAAGAUGGUGAAAUAUCUAGGUGGUGUCUUCUACACCACUGCCAUGAUCAGCAUCAUCAUUGCAACCAGCUGGGUUUCGAACCGUGUAAGAAACACACACGCACACCGCACUGUUUAACACUCCUUCACAGUCAAGUACUUUAUUCUUAUUAAUAAUAAUGUUUUUUUUUUUUUCCUUUAAAAAAUCAUUUCAAUAUACAACACCAUUUUAGACGAGACACUUCUGUUUACAACUAGUUUCAGCUCAUUCAGAACCUAGACAGGCAGACAGCAAGAGAGGCUGAACAAGACAGACAGACAGGUUUGAAGGGGUUUGGGAGCGAAAAAAAAAACUACAAUUUUAGUACAAUGUAACAAAGAUGGGCAAAUGAACCCCCCCCCCCCCCAAAAAAAAAGAA